AUGCCAUCGCUGGCAUCAAGACGCUGCAUGCAGUGGGAGAACCUGACAAACACACCAAGAGAGAGAGAGAGAGGUUUGAAUUUCCGCGCCAACCCCGAUAAUACACACGUAAAUGCGGGAUUCUGGGAUGACAGCAAUCAUGUUCACUUCUUUGGGGCUCGGGGCGUUGGUCUCUGUCGCUGCGAAGAGGCGGAAGGAAGUAGGGGUCAAGCCUGUGGAUUGCUUGUAAUCCUUUUGGUUUCGCACUGCCAUCUGGCUCGUGCUGCUGGCUGGACGGGUCAGUCGCACCGCGUCAUGGCCAAUCCCGACCAGGUGCUGCAACUCUAUCAAGAGGCCCUUGCUAUCGGCCGUGCUUGGGCCGAGUCGGGUAUCUCUGCGGAUCUUGGUCUCUUGAGCCAGAACCUUCCAGAUGUUAUGCUUGAAGAUUUACACGCCGAGAUCUUGGGCGUGGCGACAGCCAUGGUCUUGAACGUGAGCGAAGGCCGCAAGCUGGCUCUCUUUCGCGAAGAGAUUGAUCGAUUCAUGCGGGAAAACGAUGCAUAUGGUUUAAUGGCCUCGCGCUCUGGCGAGCCUUGGUUUGCCAAGGAUAUUGUGCAGCUUGUGUGCGAGCUGCUGCUCUUUGAGGACCCGAGUAGCAUCCAGCGCGAGCUGGCUGCCGUGGUGAUGGAGCUGGUAAUCGUCUUUGGCUACGACGCCAUGACCCUUUUGGGGUUUGUGCUGGUACUUCGAUGCAAGUACAUGCUGGGUCGGGGCAGCACGCGCCCUGAUGAAUCAGGUCAUUUGCUGGACUUUGUCACCACCGCCAUUCGGCAGGCCAAUGCCUACCUCAUCUCCGAGCACGCGGGCAGCGCUGAUCUGUCCCAACUUGUGCAAAGCCUGUCGCUUCCUUAUUAAGAUGCUGGGUCUUUGACUCAGCUGGCUUUUUGAAUGUUUCCGUGUUGUCCGACCUGUGCUCGAUAAGCUCCAAUAGAAGUGUUGCGUGCGCGAUGGCGUUCGUGGCGGUAAUAAUUUCAAAGGAUAGGCUCCUGCUUUUCUAUUUCAAUUAUGUUUUCCAGGUUGUCAUGAUGGUCAGGAUUGGCUGCUAAAAGCUGCAAUUGAUUUGGCGUUCCCC